AUGAAAAAAACUGUUUACGAAACGACACCAACGCUAAAUAGAUACAACCAGACUAUCAUCACAAGACUACGAAUAGGCCACACCAAUCUCACGCAUGUCCACCUAAUCACUAAAAGCGAACCGAAAGUCUGCCUAAAAUGUGAAGAAACAGUAACCAUCAAACACCUCCAAAACGACUGCAAUAACCUCAAGCCAGAAAGAAGCAAAGUCGGCCUCUCAAACAACAUAAAGAUCGUACUUAACGACCAGGAA